AUGUCCUACGGGAGCUGCGUCUCGCGUCUGCUGCGGACGCGAGUGCAGUCGGUCCUGAAGAAAUCCGUCCACUCUGUGGCAGUGAUCGGAGCCCCGUUUUCUCAGGGACAGAAACGGAAAGGAGUGGAAUGUGGUCCAGCUGCCAUUCGAGACGCCGGCUUGGUGAAAAGGCUGUCGGAUUUGGGCUGCCGUCUAAAAGACUAUGGAGAUUUGAGUUUCACUCCAGUCCCCAAAGAUGAUCUCUAUAACAACCUGAUAGUGAAUCCACGCUCGGUGGGCCUUGCCAACCAGGAGCUGGCUGAGGUGGUUAACAGAGCGGUGUCUGGUGGCUACAGCUGUGUCACUGUGGGAGGCGAUCACAGCCUGGCAAUUGGCACCAUUAGUGGCCACGCCCGGCACUGCCCAGACCUUUGUGUUGUCUGGGUUGAUGCCCAUGCUGACAUCAAUACACCCCUCACCACCUCGUCGGGAAACCUCCAUGGCCAGCCAGUGUCAUUUCUCCUACGAGAACUACAGGACAAGGUACCACAACUCCCAGGAUUUUCCUGGAUCAAACCUUGUAUCUCUUCUCCAAGUAUUGUGUAUAUCGGUUUAAGAGACGUGGAUCCGCCUGAACAUUUUAUUUUAAAGAAGUAUGAUAUCCAGUAUUUUUCCAUGAGGGACAUCGAUCGGCUUGGUAUCCAGAAGGUCAUGGAACAGACGUUUGAUCUCCUGAUUGGCAAAAGACAAAGGCCAAUCCACCUGAGUUUUGAUAUUGAUGCAUUUGACCCUACACUGGCGCCGGCCACAGGAACCCCUUGUGGGGGGGCUGACCUAUCGAGAAGGAUGUACAUUUCUGAGGAAAUACAUAAUACAGGGUUGCUGUCAGCACUGGACCUGGUUGAAGUCAAUCCUCGGUUAGCUGCUUCAGACGAAGAGGCGAAGGCCACAGCUAGCCUGGCGGUGGAUGUGAUUGCUUCAAGUUUUGGUCAGACAAGGGAAGGAGGACACACCGUCUAUGAGCAACUUCCUCCACCCAGCUCACCACACGAAUCGGAAAAUGCAGAGCGCGUGAGAAUUUAGGAGACACUGCACUGACGGUCUUUCACAACGGGCAUUCCAGAACCGCAGGCACUUGAGGG